AAUAAAAUAAAAUAAAAUAAAAAAAGCCAAAGAACAAACGUCGGAGAAUAAUCCGAACCCCCGCCGUGGUGGAAAUCCCCAAACAACGAAUAGAAAUCCAAAAGGACAAAAACAUUAUUCUUCAUCCAAAUCCAUCAUCACAUACCACCUUACCAUGCCAAAGGACCGGAAGACAGGGACCAAACCCGCCGCCCGGGGGCAAUCUCAGACACAUGCAGCAGCGACGUCACAGUCACCAUCGUCGCAGCAAAGACAGCAAGAACAACAGCCGCCAGCUUGGCCCGUCUUCAAACCCCCCUUGCCCGUAUCAGAUCUGUCCCUCGACACCAUAGUGCCGGGUAAGGUCGUGGUCCUGCACAACUUCUUCCCGCGUUCGCUGUGCAGGGACUACGUAGCCUUCCUCAAGACCCUGUCCCUUGUCACGACUCCGGCCCGCCCCAAGAAGGGAGAGGCGGUCAGGCAGAACGACAGGUUCCAGGUCAACGACCCUGACUUUGCUGCUAGACUCUGGCUGCAGACGGGCUUGAAGGAGGCGUUGACCGGUAGACCUGGCGAUGAUUAUGAUGAUAAUGAUGAUAAUGAUGAUCGCGACCAUGAUGACGAUGCAGCUGACGGGCGCCUCGAUCUGUGGGGCGGGGAUGUAGUCGGGCUGUCCCCAAACAUCCGUGUAUAUCGCUAUACCAAAGGUCAACAUUUUGCACCACACUACGACGAUUCCAACACGUUGACCCUUGACCCUCCCCCUACCAUACUGCAAGAUGCCGGGACCAACAGUAGCAACAUCAGCAAGCCGCCAUCUCUUGCCGUCAGAACUACCUGGACCCUGCUCCUAUAUCUGACUGGCACGGCAGGAGGUGAUGAUCAGUGUAGUGGCGGUGAGACCGUCUUCUACCCCAACGACCGCGUCAGCAGAAAGGAGGAGAUUGCUGUGGCGCCCCAAACAGGCCUCCUUCUUCUUCACAAACACGGCAACGACUGCAUGUUGCACGAGGGAAGAGAAGUGACCAGUGGAGAGAAAUGGGUGAUCAGAAGCGAUCUAUGUGUCACAAAAUGAGGUUUGAUGCAAAGUGCAAGCCUAUAUUCAUUGGCUGUUUCGUAAUCUACUUUUACAUCACAGUGUCAAUAAGAUCC